AUGCAGCCAUCUGCGUCUAACCCCUCCGCAUUCGCCCCGGCGCGCCCCAGCCUGCGUCACUCUGCAUCAGUUGCGGGCCCAGUUGCAUCAGCAACGGGUGAACGCAACAGUCGCCUCAGGUCGGGAUCUCUCACGCUCCCCAGCCGCGGGCUUUCCAACGCGUUCCCGUCCGUCCUGUCGACGUCCUGGCUGACGUCGGGCGGUGGCGCAGGUUUCACCACGUUGGACGAGUUGCACUCAAUGACCUCCGGCGAGUCGCAGUCCGGCGACUUCGACGUGCAUACAUUGGACUAUCUGGGCUUGGACGACGCGCACCUCGGUCAUGACUUGCACCGUCUGCAGCCACAGGCGGCUACCAUCUCGGAACUGCGAAACCAGAUGCAGCAGAACCUGGCUGGCAAUCUCACGACAAACCCGUCGCGCCUGCGCGCGAGCACCGUCUCGAACCCGUAUCGCGCGAGGCCGUCGGCAAACUCGCUGAUGCCUACACCUGCUGCCGAAGAAGAGGAGGAGUACUUUGACGAAUAUAACGACCGCCACACUACGUUUAGUCGACAGCGCCUCAACAGCUACGAAGUGUCUGGCCCCGAUGCCUACUCGCAGUACGUUGCGCAGGGCUUCAAGUCUACGGACCACCUUGCGCCCGCUCGCCCCCGCGCCAUCUCGGUUGGCAACCUAGAGGAGCCCAUGCGCACCAUCACCCGUCGCGCUACGACUGCCGACCUCCACCCCUACGUGAACAAUCUGGACAUGCAACCGCCGCCUCUACCGGUGCCUCAAAACAUCCCGCCUACGAUACCUAGCCCUGCUACAAUCCUGAAGGAGAAGCUGACCGCUCGUGGGGGCACGUCCCCGAACGUGAACUUCCCGAACGGUGAGCAGCCCCGCGGUUCCUCGUACCUCGCAGCGCCGGGUGGUCAGAACCGCUCUGUGUCUCCCAAGUCCGAGCCCCAGUCUCAGCAGGCGCAGACCCCCACGAGGUCCCUCUGGAUUGGCAACCUCGACAGCGCUGUCACGAGCGAGCAACUUAUCCACCACUUCGCACCCUACGGUGCCAUUGAGUCGCUCAGGCUGCUCCCUGAGAAGGAGUGUGGCUUCGUGAACUUCGUUGAUCAGGCGGACGCCAUCCGCGCGAAGGACGAUGUACUGAACAGGCUGGGGGGUAACAUCGGCAUGCCGAAUGGCCAGACCGUUCGCAUUGGCUUCGGGAAGGCCGACAGUGCGCCUGUCGCGCCGGCGAAAGGCAACCCCACGAGCCCUGGACCCACUGCUCAGGCAGCGUCCAAGUCGGUGGCGACUACCCCGGGGAUGGCGGGCAUGGAGUCGCAGUUGCAGUCUACGCCCACUCGUGCGCUUUGGAUUGGGUCUAUUCCAUCCACAACCACGCCUGCCACGAUUUUGAGCGUGUUCAGCCCUUACGGUCCUAUUGAGUCUGCGCGUGUUCUUACUCACAAGAACUGUGGCUUCGUCAACUUCGAGCGUCUGGAUGAUGCUGUUCGCGCUCGCAAGGCGCUGAACGGCCGCGAUGUCUUGGGCAGCGACGUUGGUGCCAUUCGCAUCGGCUUCGCCAAGGUCCCCGUCAAGAAUGGUGCGGAGGGCGGUGAGGAGAACGCGCCUGCGACGUCUGUCACGGGUGUAGGCGAUCUUAGUGUUGGUGCUACCAUCCAGGCUCUGCGCAACGUCAAGGGGGCGUCCACGAUUCCCUCGGACCAGCAGGUGCUGAGCGGCAUGGUGGAGAACUACCGGUCGAACCUCUUGCUGAGCAUGAUCGCUUCGGGCAAGCACAACUUGCCUGCGGAGGCCGGCUCCAUUCUGUCCAGCCUGGCGGCGGCUGUGACCGAGCAGCAGAUGAUCAUGCGCGAGCUGAGCGGUGGCGACCCGUCGGCGGAGCAGGACAUCGCAUCUCUCGCAGAGUUCCGCCCGCCUACGAUGUACUACACGCAGAUACCCUCUGUGACGGAGCGCUCGCACAACAGGCGCUGGGAUGCGGCUAAGCUGCGCGACUUGCGCAAGCGAUUGGAUUCGGGCACCAUGACUGUCGAGGACAUCGACGGCAUCGUCGGCGAGUUUAUCGAGGGCGAGAUCGUUGACCUCGCGUCGGAUUGGCUCGGCAACACGGUCGUGCAGAAGUUAUUCGAGAAGUGCAGCGCCGCCCCGAGGCUAGCCAUGCUGGAGCGGUUGGCGCCUCACCUCGCCAUGAUUGGCAUCCACAAAAAUGGCACUUGGGCCGCGCAGAAGGUCAUCGAGUGCGUGCAGACGAUGGAGGAGAUCAUGCUGGUGUCGCAGAACCUGCGCCCCUAUGCUCCGCCUCUUCUCCUGGAUCAGUUCGGCAACUACGUCGUACAGUGCUGCCUGCGGUUCGGAAGCCCGAACAACGACUUCAUUUUCGACGCCAUGGUCGACCGUAUGUGGGAGAUUGCGCAGGGCCGCUUCGGCGCCCGCAGCAUGAGGGCAUGCCUCGAAAGCCCCCACAUCACCGUCAACCAGAAGAGGCGCGUCGCCACAGCCAUCAUACUCAACUCGAUCCCCCUCGCCACCAACCCCAACGGCGCCCUCCUCCUGACGUGGCUCUUGGACACGUCCGAGUUCCCGUCGCGUUACAUGCUUUUGGCGCCUCGCUUCACGCCCCACCUCUCGCAUCUGUGCACGCACAAGCUUGCGUCGCUCACGGUGCUGAGGAUUGUGAACCAGAAGUAUGAGCCCGAGGCAUCGUUCCAGAUCGUCGACGCGCUAUUCAACUCGCCGGGUGACCAUGUCCUCACCGACGUUCUCGGCGACCAGGUCAACGGCGUCUCAGUGGUGCACAAAAUCCUUACGAGCAACUUCAUCGCUCCGGAGAACAAGGCCCGCUACAUCGAGGCGACGAAGAGGGUGUUGAUCGAGCUGAAGGUCAUCGCGACCCAGGCGUACCGCCGCCUGAUUGAGGAGGUCGGGCUGCCCGUGCCGAACUUCCAGCCGACGUACAACAACCUCCCGCCGAGCGGUGGCAAGUCGAAGAACUCGCAGAACAGCAACUACAACAUGCCUGGGCUGCCGCAGACGUACGCGAACAACGACCAGGGCCUGCAGGCGAUGAUGGCGAGCCUGCAAAUGGGUGGGCAGAACGCGCAGGCGGGGCCGCCGCAGCUGCACGUUGAUCCGGGUUACAACAACCCGACGCCGCCGCGCCGCACGCCGAGCUACUCUCCCUCGCCUGCGGCGGAGACGUACUCGCCAGCGUAUGGCCGCUCCUCGGAUGCGCCGACGCCACGCGGUGGAAUGCGCCGCAACCCAUCCCUGCCGUCGAUGACGCCGCCGUACUCGCAGUCGCCUGCGAUGACGCCGUCGAACAGCCAGGGCGGCUACGCGCCCCAGCCGACGUACGCCUCGGGCCCGCUGACUUCGCAGAACAUGCCUCCGGGCCUCUACCAGCAGUACAUUUACCAUGCGCAGUACCCGCCGAGCCCGAACAUGAACAUGGGCACCACCUUCCACUCCCAGCCUUGA